AUUUGAUUUGUCGUUACAGUCGUUUCGCGGAGGUCAGUCCAGUAACUUGUGCAGCGUGGUGAUCCGCUAAACAUUGAACGUUGAUACAAUGGUUGAAGCCCAAUUCAUUUCAUUUUCUUUUUGGAUUUUUUCUUUUAUGGUAUCAGCACAAGUAGUUCCUUCUUGCUGUGGUACUUUUGGCUAUGAGCUUCUAGCCGCCCGAUUAGAAGGGUUAGAGAACGUCGCCAUGCAAUCCAGAUUGAAAUUUACGGAAGAUAUUCAGAGUUUAAGAAGUGAUCUUCAAACAUUGACAACUAAUGUUCAAAAUGUGGCCUGGAAUAAAAUGGAAGGUAAAAGUGGUGGUAACGUUGGCAGUGGAGAAGGACGCGUGAGUUCAAACGCUGGAACAGAUCUACCUCGUGCAUGUGACGAAAUUUUAAGUCGGAAAUCUGCUCCUUACCUGCUAGAUAUCUUCCGUGGCAUUCAUAAUCCUUUCGAAGUGUAUUGUGAUCAAGAAUUUGAAGGUGGUGGCUGGCUAGUAUUCCAGAACCGCUACAAUGGUGCCGUCGAUUUUUACCGUUCGUGGAAAGAGUACAAAGAAGGCUUUGGUUCUCUUGACGGAGAGUUCUGGCUAGGAUUGGAAAAACUUCACCAGAUAACGUACUCUGAUCAUUAUGAAUUGGCCAUCACGAUGGAGGAUUUUCACGGAGAAACUGCCUUCGCCCGGUAUACACACUUUGCGGUCGGUGGAGAAGCAGAACUAUAUAACUUAAUCAAAUUAGGAGCCUACAGCGGGUCAGCCAACGAUAGCUUGAUUUAUCACAUCAAAGGAAAGUUUUCCACAUUCGACAAUGAUAAUGAUGAAAACCCUACAAGUUGCGCUAUGACGUACUUUGGAGCAUGGUGGUACAAAUCCUGCCAUACAAGUAAUUUGAAUUCCAGAUACAUCCGUGCUGGUUCUAAUGUGGAGGCAAACAGAAUGAUAGUGUGGCGCAAGUGGAAAGGAGACUUGCAUACACUGAAAAAGACGCGCAUGAUGAUAAGACGAAUUCAAAGCAAGUGAUUGCAUCAGAGAAUCUGUGAAGAUUGCCAAUAUAUUACUAUAGUAAGUUAUCGAAAAAUCUCUUAAAAAAUCAAAUGUGUAAAAAAUGUUACGUAGUAAUAACCGAUGCUGAAUAAAAAUUACACUGAAACAGGUGUUGAACAUUGCAUCCAAUUA